GGGCAGCGGACGCCGGCGGCAGGAUGGUCCUGGACAGCGUGGCCCGCAUCGUGAAGGUGCAGCUGCCCGCCUACCUCAAGCAGCUCCCGGUCCCCGACAGCAUUACCGGCUUCGCCCGCCUCACAGUUUCAGAAUGGCUCCGUUUACUGCCUUUCCUCGGUGUACUUGCACUUCUGGGCUACCUUGCAGUUCGUCCAUUCUUCCCGAAGAAGAAACAACAGAAGGAUAGCUUGAUUAAUCUUAAAAUACAAAAAGAAAAUCCCAAGGUGGUGAACGAAAUAAAUAUUGAAGAUCUGUGUCUUACAAAAGCAGCUUAUUGUAGAUGUUGGCGUUCUAAGACGUUUCCUGCCUGUGAUGGGUCCCAUAAUAAGCAUAAUGAAUUGACAGGCGAUAAUGUGGGUCCUCUCAUCCUGAAGAAGAAAGAAGUAUAACAGUAGCCAUUUUAAGAUGAAACUCUGACAUAUUUUUUCCAUCUUUGUUGUGCAUAGAAAAAUCUUUGGAAGUUUUAACUAUCAGUACUGGUAGAGUAAUUAUUUCUGCCAGUUAUUUUCUUGCUACACUACUGCUUAUAUUUGGUACUUUAUAUAUUCAAUUAUUUGUAUAGAAAUCAAGUGGUCAAGUCUCAUUCUGAAAUCAAGCUUAAUGUGUCUUUCCACAAUAAAGUCAGCACUUCAAAUUUUAAUUAAUUGGGAAUUUAAAGUUUGACUGUGGGCUAGAAGUUAUUUCUUUGUAUACCAGUAUUUCAACAGAAUGUAUAUUUUUUAAAAAAAUUCUCCCUUGUUCUGUUAAAUGUAUCAUCUUAUUGUCUUGUUUUGCUCAUUUGAAGUCAUUUGACAUUUUUUUUGUGGAAUUCUGCUGCUUUUAGAAGAAUUAUGAAAAAUAUUGCCAUCAAGAAUAUUUUGAGGCGCCGGGUGGUGGCGGCGCACACCUUUAAUCCCAGCACUUGGGAGGCAGAGGCAGGUGGGUUUCUGAGUUCGAGGCCAGCCUGGUCUACAGAGUGAGUUCCAGGAUAGCCAGAGAUACACAGAGAAACCCUGUCUUGGAAAAAAAAAAAAAGAAAAGAAAAGAAUAUUUUGAGGCAAUAGAACCAGUUUUAUAGAGAUUUUACCUUAUUACCAUAAUUAUCCCAAUUUCUAAAAAGUAAAUCAUAUAUGAAAAUUUCCACUGAAAAACAAUUAUUUUCAUCAUAAAAAUGGUUCACCUUACAAAAGUCUUGUUCUGUGUGUGGUUGUGUGUGUGUGUGUGUGUGUGUGUGUGUGUGUGUGUGUGGUGCUUAACUUGGUGACUGCUGUGUGACAAGAGCACUUAUGAGCUAUAGUUUGAAUGUCAAUUAGAUAUAAAGUACAUCUGAAUUUGUAUUAAAAUGAUGCAUAGUUCAUUGCUCAAAAUAUUUUAUUUUAUCUUUUUUGUAGUUAUAGAGAAAUGGCAACAGGAUAUUAAGUUACUUGUACUCUAGUGGAUUGAAUUUGUACAUACUGAGAGAAAAUAUUUUGAUCUUUUUUAAAAGAGAUAACUCCUUUAUUGUAUUUUUUUAACUUCACAAAGUACAGAUAAGACACUUGUGUGUGUGUGUGUGUGUAUGUGUGUGUGUGUGUGUGCAUAAUGACAGGAAAAACAUCUGGAAGGACCUAUGACACAGCAUAAUCUGCCCUCCCAGAUAAGGACGAGGAUUUAGCAAGGGUUAUUGCUUUUACUUUCCAUUUCUCUCUUGUUUCCCCUCAGCAAACGUUUAUAUACUUUCGAUUGAUUUUUUUUUUUAAAUCGAGGCUUUGAAUAAAAUUGUCAUAGCACAAUUAAGCUCUUUAGGCCCAUUUGAUAAGACCUUUGAUUGUCUGAAGAUAGGGUGGAGCCAGCAUUGGAGAAAGCAUAGUCACAAAUGGAUUAGACAGAGUCUGUGUAAGGAGAGGAAGCCACGCACAAGUUAGGGCAAAGACUGAAAAAACAAAACAAAACAGAAAAACAAACACUCAUUUCACUUUCUGGCUCCUAAGUGACACGAUCCAUCAAGGGCAAAAUAGGCUAUAUAAAGAAGGUGAGAUUUAAUAAGUACUUCAGCUCUGCCAUAGAACCGUGUUACCUCCAGAAGCAAGGUAAAAGCAAGACAGUUAAAUCUGGGGACACUCAUUUGUCAAGUCUGCUGGGUUAGAUGGACCAUCUCUAGGAUUUCUUAUUUAUUACACGAGCACAUAGUAAGCCUGGUACCACAUCAUUCUGUCUGUUCUUUCUUUAGCUAUCAUUCCUAGCAGUUUGAGAAAGACAAGUGAUGGCAAGCUAAAAAGGAAACCGAUUACGAGUCAGCUUGUCACAUAAUUAAGUUACACUGACACAUCUUAUAGUCUUAGCCUGUGCAUCGUGAAGUGUGAUGUUAAAUAGACAUGUUUUAGAAAGACUCAUUUCUUGUGUAUGAGUGCUUGUCUGUCUGUCUGUAUGUAUGUAUGUCUGCAUGUCUGUAUGUAUUUGCACCAUGCUCAUGCCUGGUGCCCGAGGAAGCCAGAGAGAAUGUUGGAUCCCCUGGAACUGGAAUUAACAGACGGUUGCGAGCCACCAUGUGGUUGCUGGGAACUGAACCCUGGUCUUCUACAAGAACAUCCAGUGCUAUUAACAACUGAGCUGCCUCUCUACCCCUGUAAAACUUGUAAUAAAAGAGGUUAUGACUGGUUUGAAGUAGCAACUGAAAUGUGGAAGGAAAUACUACAAAAGGCAAAAGCGGUAAAGGCAAAAGCGGUACAGAGUUGUGUCUGCUCACUUACUCUGAUGGUACGAAGGAUGGGACCAGGGCCUCACACAUCCUGGCGAGAGCCCUUUGCACUGAGCUCCAUCUUGUGUUAUAUCUUUUUAAUAGUAUAAACCACUGAAACAGAAUACAAGAAAGUUCUCCUUAUAGGUUUACUGGAAUUUUUGAAUUAUUUGUAAUUUUAGCCUACUAUCAGAAGUUUCUUUAGUUUUAUCUUACAAGUUUCAUGUAAAAGCUAUCCUUAAACUAUUAAAGAUACAACCCACUCAA